GGCACUCAGAAACAGCUGUAGAUGGUGACCAAUAGGAAGCUGCCUUCCAUUCACGUGACCAUACUGUGUGUUUUCGUGGAAAUGCACUGUCAGCAGUAAUAGUAGCGGAAUAUGCCAAUGUCUUGUCCGUAAUUAAAAUGCUGCUGACAGGUUGCAUUUCCCUGUGAAGUAUGUGUGAAACAUACUGUAGACUAGGCACUGAUUAUCAGAAUUUGAAGCUACCUCCAUCCUCUCAUUGGUGACAGAGUCCCAGUUCUAGGCGGAAACAUCGACACAAUCAAAGCAGCGCAGUGCAAGGAAGGCAGUCCCAAGCAGCAGCCUGAGCCAUUAGCAACACACACUAACGAACACACGCAUUACUUGGACAUAAACUUGCCAGAAAUGGAGAGAGAGUCAAAUCCCAUGCAGGCACUUUGCCGUUCUGGAUGUGGUUUCUAUGGAUCACCAGCUACUGACGGUCUCUGUUCGCUUUGCUACAAGGAGGCAUUGAAGAAGAAACAGCAGCCACCUCCUACUUCGUCACCACCGGCAACGAGCCUGGACACUGCCCAGCCCACUAUUCCUGUAAUCGCGCCGCCUUCCACACCAGCUACCUCAUCGGACCACACAGCAGCCACCCCAGUAAUUGGGGGGGCCUCAGCCAAAGACAAGGAUGCAGAGGGAGCAGCGGGAGGCUGCAGCAGCAGUGCUGAUAAUUCUGUCAGCAGUGGGGAUGCAGACGAGAGCUACGAUGGCAAAGACUCUGAGAAGGAGGCUAAGAAGAAGAAAAACCGCUGUGCAACCUGCCGCAAGAAGGUUGGCCUUACAGGCUUCGAAUGUCGCUGUGGUGGCCUCUUCUGUGCAGUCCACCGAUACAGUGACAAACACGAGUGCACGUUCGACUACCGCGAGAUGGGCGCCCAGGAGAUCCGUCGCAACAAUCCCGUCGUCGUCGGCGAGAAGAUUCAGAAAAUUUGAGCCACCACACGAUCCCGUCCCCACCACCACCCUGCACUGUGCCUAGUUUAGAAGUCAGGACAGCUAUUUCGUAACUAGGGAUCAAUACACAACUACUGACACAGAAUUACAGGGAAAGGCAGAAAGUCAGCUUAUACAUUCACAAAAUCUUGGAAAUCGUGUAAAUGGCAGCUGUCUCAAAAUCCACGAAUUUUUAUUAUUCAUUAAAAAUGCAGAUUGCAUUUGAUUAUUACGAAAAGCAAUUGUGCCAUUGUGACAGUGAACAAAGUGAACGUUCUGCAACAGUUUUCUCAGAUUGGUGAAGAAAGUCGUAUACAGGGACGAGACUGCUGAACGGAGGCUGCUGGUGGGGUGACUGGAGCCCGUGUGCACUUUUAUAUAUAAUAUACAUUCUAUAUACCAGUUUCGUGUUUUUCAUAUGUAGUGACAAUAAUGGAUAAGUUAAGAUGGGAUGCACAUCAUCAAAGAUAUGCGUGUGAGUUAUUUCCUAUGCAUGACAAGUGUCCGCGAAAGAAAUUUGUCGUGCUUACUUGGACACAAUCAUUCUUUCAUAUUUUGUUGCACUGAGCUGCUUUCUCAGGGCUACAGAAUACGAAAAUAGUGUAGAAGGUUAAUGCGUUUAGUCAGGGACUCCAAUGGAAUGAACUCUUUUGUUGUUUCACAAUGCAUGAUGAAUUUGUCCCAGUGAGUGGUUAAGAAUCUUGUAAUUGAAAUGCGGUGCUCAUAAAAUUAAAAAGUUUUUCACAGUUAGUAUUCUGUUCUGCAGGGACAUGUAGGUGAUUCCAUAAAUUUAUUUUGAAAUGUCAGUAAUGAAUAACAAUAUGCUCAUAUUACUUAGGGUAUAAUCUGUUGGUUGUUUGUUUUUGUUUGUCGCUUUGGCAGUCUUGCAAAUCUGUACUGUUUUUUAAUUUUAGUGUUUGUAGAAGUCGGUAAAUUUCUGAUUACAAAGUUAGAUGUAACUGACCACCAUUUCAAGUAACUGUAAAUAAAUAAGGGGACUGUCAUGAUACUACUUUCAGAACGCAAGUUUUUGUUAAAUAGGGGAUGUUGUGUGUGACCUUGUUGUUUCAAAUUGCUUUUUGGUCUUGAUUUACUUAAGAAGCAUGGAGUAAAAUUGUAGAAAUUUGUGGAAAUUCUCUUCAGUUAUUGUUUGCAUUGUGCGUGUGAUUGUGUGUUGCCCUUAGAGACACCACGAUGUCAACCAGUUUUCUAUUCUAUAUAGACAACAUUAUUUUCUGCUCUUUGGCAUGCUAACAGCUUUCUGAGGGCUCGCAGAACGGAAGCUACUAGACUUACAUUGUUACACUGUUGACAUUUGGUGGCUCUUUCGGGUAUACUUAUUACUACGUGAUAUUGGGACUGAAAUAAAAAGUAUAUAUAUUGCUUAUGUAA